AUGAUUGCAAAUUCGUUUCCCUCUAAUUACCUGAGUGCCUACUUUCUUUCUUCAUUUCACUUCUAUGAGCUCGCUAUGCUGGCAGGUGUAUCGGAUGCCUCCUUCGAAGAUCUAAUAAAGUUUGCUAUGCUCGUAUUGUUCUAUCAAUUUGAAGACGUUUCAAGACCUGAUAUUAUACAUAUUGGAGCCAUUUUCUCAUUUGGCACUGUCAAUGGGAGAGUAGCGAAGAUUGCAAUGAAUGCUGCUGUUGAAGAUGUGAAUUCUGAUCCUAAAAUUCUGGGUGGAAGGAAAUUGAAUCUCUCCAUGCACGAUUCAAACUACAGUGGCUUUCUUGGUAUUAUUGGAGGAUUGCAGUAUAUGGAGACUAAAACUGUAGCAAUUAUUGGCCCUCAGACCUCUGGAAUGGCUCAUGUGCUUUCACAUCUUGCAAAUGAACUGCACGUCCCAAUGUUGUCAUUUACAGCACUGGAUCCUAUGCUCUCACCACUUCAAUAUCGUUACUUUGUUCAGACAGCACCCAAUGACCUUUUCCAGAUGACAGCCAUAGCAGAUAUGGUUAGCUAUUUUGGGUACAGAGAGGUUAUAGCAGUUUUUUCAGACGAUGAGCAGGGUCGUAAUAGCAUAAUAGCUCUUGGCGAUAAACUAGCUGAAAGACUUUGUAAAAUCUCUUACAAAGCAGUACUAUCUCCUGAAUCCCUAGCAUCUCCCGAUCAAAUUAUGAAGGAGUUGGUUAAGAUCACGUUGAUGGAAUCCCGGGUGAUUGUCCUACAUGCCUAUGCUCAAAUUGGUCUUCAGGUUUUUGAAAUGGCCCAUAAACUUGGGAUGAUGGAGAGUGGAUAUGUUUGGAUUGCUACUACUUGGCUUUCUACUGUAUUAGAUUCCACCCCAGUUUCUGGAGAUGCUGCCAAAUCCCUUCAAGGUGUUCUCACACUUCGUCCCCACACACCAGCUUCUGAAAGGAAAAGAGCCUUCUCUUCUCGAUGGAACAAGUUAAGCAAUGGCUCUAUUGGGUUGAACCCUUAUGGCCUGUAUGCUUAUGAUACUGUUUGGAUUAUUGCUAAUGCAGUCAAAUCGUUACUGGAUUACGGUGGUGUCAUCUCCUUUUCAAAUAAUUCCCAGUUAAAUGGUUAUGAGGGAGGAGCACUGAAUCUUGGUGCGUUAAGCAUUUUUGAUGGAGGAGAGCAAUUGCUUAGGUACAUUUUGCAGACCAAUAUGACAGGUUUAGCUGGCCAUAUUGCAUUCAGUAAUCCAUUUAGAUACAUAAUACAUCCUUCAUAUGAUAUCCUCAAUGUAAUUGGGAAAGGAAACAAGAAAAUAGGUUACUGGUCAAACCAUUCGGGGCUUUCUGUUGUGCCGCCAGAGAUCCUUUACACUAAAGCACCCAAUCGUUCAAGUUCAAACCAACAACUAUACAGCGUAGUGUGGCCGGGACAAACAACAGUCAAGCCACGGGGGUGGGUUUUUCCGUAUAAUGGGCGGCAGUUAAGAAUUGGAAUUCCAUACCGAGUUGGUUUCAAGGAUUUUCUUUCAGAAGACGAAAAUAACAAUACGGUCCAUGGGUAUUGCAUAGAUGUUUUCCUUGCUGCAAUAAAAUUACUUCCAUAUGCAGUACCUCAUAAGUUUGUCUUGUUUGGAGAUAGACAAAAAAAUCCAAGCUACACGGAGCUCAUAAGCAUGAUUACGUCCAAUGUCUUUGAUGCAGCUGUUGGUGACAUUGCAAUUGUAACGAAUCGUACAAAAAUUGUGGACUUUACUCAGCCUUAUAUAGACUCGGGGCUAGUGGUCGUUGCGCCAGUUCAGAAGUUGAAAUCCAGUGCUUGGGCUUUCAUGAGGCCUUUCACUCCGUUAAUGUGGGGAGUCACAGCAGCCUUUUUCCUUAUUGUGGGAGCAGUUGUGUGGAUUCUAGAACAUAGAAUGAAUGAUGAAUUUCGAGGUCCACCAAAAAAGCAGUUCAUCACAAUUUUAUGGUUUGGCUUCUCAACUAUGUUUUUUGCUCACAGAGAAAAUACAGUGAGCUCACUUGGUCGAAUGGUUCUAAUUAUCUGGUUGUUUGUAGUUUUAAUAAUAAACUCAAGCUAUACUGCAAGCCUGACUUCGAUCCUGACAGUAGGAUCCUUCGCUGAAAAUUACUUGAGAGAGGAACUCAACAUUGCCAAAUCCAGGCUUGUUCCUCUUGGCUCACCAGAAGAGUAUGCAGAUGCCCUUGAGAGAGGUAGAGUUGCUGCAGUGGUAGAUGAACGUCCAUAUGUGGAUUUGUUUCUCUCAACAUACUGCAGGUUCCAAAUUGUUGGCCAAGAGUUCACAAAAAGUGGAUGGGGAUUUGCAUUUCCAAGAGACUCACCCUUAGCCGUGGACAUGUCAACUGCUAUCUUAAUGUUAUCAGAGAAUGGCGAGCUUCAGAAGAUACAUGACAGGUGGUUGAACAAAAAAAAUUGUGGUCUGCAGGGCUCUGAGCAGGAUUCGGACCAACUUCAAUUAAAGAGCUUUUGGGGUCUUUUCCUCAUAUGUGGAAUUGCAUGCUUUCUUGCUCUUCUUGUCUACUUUUGCUCCAUUCUACGCAAGUUCAAGCGGCAUCUCCCUGAACAAUCUGAACCUUCUUGCCGAAGUAGUUCACGCUCUAUACGUAUCCAAAGAUUCUUAUCUUUUGUGGAUGAGAAGGAAGAGGAGUCGAAGAACAGGUUGAAGAGAAAACACUUGGAAGUGCUAUCAGAUUCCCACGUACAGGAACUUCAACUGCCAAGUGGAACCAAAAGAAAUGAAGCAGGCAUUUUCCCCGAGGGACACGACAGUAGUACUUACUUCAACUAA